CGCCGGGCCGGGCGGGCGCAGGCUUGCGCCUCGCCGCCGCCGCCGCGGGCUAAGACUUCGCUAGGUGGGUCGACUCCCCCUCCCUCCUCUUCUUCUUCUUCUACUUCCUCCGCCUCCCGUUCCUCCUCCUCCUCCCGAUUUUCCCUCCGCGGCGGGAGAGGGUGGGGGGGAAGGGGGAGGCCGGGGCUCGCCCCGAGCAGCCACGAUGCUCCUGGACGCUGGCCCCCAGUACCCCGCGAUCGGCGUGACCACCUUCGGCGCAUCCCGCCACCACUCGGCGGGCGACGUGGCCGAGAGAGACGUGGGCCUGGGCAUCAACCCGUUCGCCGACGGCAUGGGUGCCUUCAAGCUCAACCCCAGUUCGCACGAGCUGGCCUCGGCCGGCCAGACGGCCUUCACGUCGCAGGCGCCGGGCUACGCGGCCGCCGCGGCCUUGGGCCACCACCACCACCCGGGCCACGUCGGUUCCUAUUCCAGUGCGGCUUUCAAUUCUACGCGGGACUUUCUGUUCCGCAACCGGGGUUUUGGCGACGCGGCGGCGGCCAGCGCACAGCACAGCCUCUUCGCUGCUUCGGCCGGCGGCUUCGGGGGCCCACACGGCCACACGGACGCUGCGGGCCACCUCCUUUUCCCUGGGCUUCACGAGCAGGCGGCGGGCCACGCUUCACCCAACGUGGUCAACGGGCAGAUGAGGCUCGGCUUUUCGGGGGACAUGUACCCACGGCCCGAGCAGUACGGCCAGGUGACCAGCCCGCGGUCUGAGCACUAUGCCGCGCCACAGCUGCACGGCUACGGGCCCAUGAACGUGAACAUGGCUGCGCAUCACGGCGCGGGCGCCUUCUUCCGCUAUAUGCGCCAACCCAUUAAGCAAGAGCUCAUCUGUAAGUGGAUCGAGCCCGAGCAGCUGGCCAACCCUAAAAAGUCGUGCAACAAAACUUUCAGCACUAUGCACGAGCUGGUCACACACGUCACGGUGGAGCACGUCGGUGGUCCAGAGCAGAGUAACCACAUCUGCUUUUGGGAGGAGUGUCCACGGGAGGGCAAGCCUUUCAAAGCCAAAUACAAACUGGUCAACCACAUCCGAGUACACACGGGCGAAAAGCCUUUUCCCUGCCCUUUCCCUGGCUGCGGCAAAGUCUUUGCGCGUUCUGAGAACCUAAAGAUCCACAAAAGGACGCACACAGGGGAGAAGCCGUUCAAGUGCGAGUUCGAGGGCUGCGACCGGCGCUUCGCUAACAGCAGCGAUCGCAAGAAGCACAUGCAUGUGCACACGAGCGACAAGCCCUACCUGUGUAAGAUGUGCGACAAGUCCUACACGCAUCCCAGCUCGUUACGCAAACACAUGAAGGUCCACGAAUCCUCCUCUCAGGGCUCGCAGCCUUCACCCGCCGCCAGCUCGGGCUAUGAGUCGUCCACGCCACCCACCAUCGUGUCUCCUUCCACAGACAACCCGACCACCAGCUCCAUGUCGCCCUCCUCCUCUGCUGUCCAUCACACAGCCGGCCACAGUGCGCUUUCUUCCAAUUUUAACGAAUGGUACGUUUAAAAUCAGAAACAAUACAAACCGAAGAAAACCCUAUUUAAGAGACUGAACACAACACGUAUGCCAAUAUUAUUGAAGAAACCUUGUGGAUCAAAACAGCCCCACAUACGGACCCCACAAUGCUUUCUUUUUGUUUGUUUGUUUUUAAUUUUAAUCUGCCAGUAGACCCAGGACCGAGUAGGAGAGAGGAAACAGCAGCCUUUAAUUUUUUUCUUUUUCAUUUCUGUUUUUGUAAAAGACUUAGUAGCUGAGGGGCCGGAGGGGUUCGAGGAGGAGCUGAUGUCUGACCAAAUAUACCAAUCCCAGGGGCCCAGGGGCCAAUUUUUUGUUGGGUCAGAACAAGCAAUCUGGGACUUCUUUUUUUUCCCCCCCUCUCUCU